AUGGAAACCCAUACGGACACUUCAGACAAUGGAUUCACGGUCCAGGCGGGUCUACCCAAUGAGACCUUUCGUCUGCGCUCGUACCAGACCGAAAUGGUUGAGGCCAGCCUCAAGGAGAAUAUUAUCGUUGCCAUGGACACUGGCAGUGGCAAGACACAUAUAGCGCUCGCCCGAACAGAAGCAGCCCUAGAGACGUCCGACCCUGACCAGAUGGUAUGGUUCCUCGCUCCGACAAAAGCGUUAUGCCACCAGCAAUACAACGUAUUCUGCUCCCGUCUCCCAGGCUUUGGCGUUCGUUUCCUAAGCGGCGAGGACGACGUCGAUCGUUGGACAGAUCAAAGUAUAUGGGAUGAUGUGCUCAAGAACGUCAAAAUCGUGAUCUCGACGCAUGCCGUUUUACUUGAUGCUCUUUCUCACGGAUUUGUCAAGCUGAACCGUGUGAGCCUUUUAAUAUUCGAUGAAGCUCAUUCUUGUACCAAAGAUCACCCAGCACACCAGAUCAUGCAGAAAUUCUAUCUACCUCUGAAAUUCUCUUCGGCCUCUGACUCAAUACCUAGAAUCUUGGGGCUCAGCGCUAGCCCUGUUAUCAAUGCCAACCCUAAGGGUCUUGAGACAAUUGAGAAGAACCUUGACGCAAUCACGAGGACACCCAAGCUUCACCGCUCGGAACUAAUUCAGUUCGUCCACAAGCCGCAAUUCACCAUAGUCUCCUAUUCUGGCCUUCAUUCAAGGAAGAAUUCCAAUCCAGACUCUUAUCAACGCCUGCUCAAAAUUGUAGGGGCCCUCGAUAGUAUGCAAGACCCUUAUAUCCGUCGGCUAGUCGAGCAAGUGGAAGCCGGCGAUUCUCAGGCCAGGCGAAGGUUGGAAAAGACAUUAAUGAAACAUGACACGUACUGUCAGAAGCAAUUGAACAACAUUGCGGCCAGGCUAACCCAUAUACUCAAUGACCUCGGUUCUUGGGCCACUGACUGGUUCUUGCGGGAAUGCACUUCGAAAUUCGAGAGGCUCCUGGACAGCUCAGAUCCGCUACUUACUCCGUACUCCAACACCGAAAAGCAGUAUCUACAUGCAGUCCUUGAAAAGGCUUUAGUAGAGUCUGUUCCCGUCCUUUCUCCCGUUGGACAGUACUGCACACCUAAAGUACAAGCUUUAGUAGACACUCUAGUUGCAGAAUCUAACCCUGAUUUCAGAGGGAUCGUAUUCGCCGAGCAAAGGGCAACGGUUGCGGUGCUAGGACAGCUGCUCUCCGAGCACACCCGAACCAAGGAUGCGUUUCGUAUUGGAACCUUCGUUGGUACAUCGAUAAGCUCGAAGAGGAAAAUGAAUUUGGCGGACCUUGCAGAGCCCCGUCUCCAACAACAAGUCCUAGAAAAGUUCAGAGACGGCGAUAAAAAUCUCAUCAUCGCUACGAGCGUGCUGGAAGAGGGAAUUGAUAUAUCCAGCUGUCAUCUCGUCAUUGACUUCGACCCCCCUAAGAACUUGAAGGCAUUCAUUCAACGUCGCGGACGAGCUCGAAAAGAAAAGUCAAAAUACAUAGUUCUCACGCCCAGUUUCGGUUCGGUGCAAGUAGCUUCAAAUCCUUGGGAGAGUCUUGAAGAAAAGAUGAAGGAAGCUUAUAUGAACGAUCUUCGGGAAAUCAAAGCUGCGGAAGAAAGGGAAACGAUAGAAGAAGAUUCAAACUUAGCUUUCCGAAUCGCCGCUACUAAUGCCCUCGUGGAUCUCCACAACGCAUCUCAGCAUCUUCACCAUUUUUGCGCAGUACUGCAGAGCAACUCUAACAUUGAUAUGAGACCUCAAUUUUCUUUCAAGAAUGACGAAUACGACAUGGUAGAAGCCCAUAUCACUCUUCCAGCAUCGGUAGAUGCCUCAGUACGAUGUUCAAGCAGUUCCAGAAGCUGGUUGACCGAAAAAAGUGCGAAACGAGACGCUUGCUUGCAAGCAUACAAAGCUUUGCAUGCAGCUGGACUAAUCAACGACAACCUUCUCCCACUUAGUCAAGAGCUUGGAGGAACGCCGCAAUUCAACAUACCGGACAAUCGCCCUUCACUAAUUCUAGUAGAGCCCAUGCUAAAUCCAUGGUCAUGGGUUCUGUCCCAGCCGACGAACACUUCGGAGAACACCAAGCCGACGGAAUCGCUCAGUGAAAGAAGACGCUCCAACGCGAACGCCACGACCUAUUAUCGAACUCUCGUCUGCCUAUCAUCCGCUGGCGAGCAAUCCGCAAGAUUCAUCAUGAUUACUCAAUCUCCACUGCCUCAAAUUCCGGAAGUCAUCCUUUACUGGAAUGCAACAAAACGAUAUGUUAUCUUGGCACAACCCCUCGAGUCAGCGCUGUAUCAAAAGAAGGAAAUCGAAUUCUUCAAGGCAACCACUUUCCGUCUUCUUCGCUCCAUAUUCGGAUCUCGAAUGCCAGCAGAGCGACGCGACUUUAUGGCAUUAUUCGUUCCUGUAGAAGAUGGAAGCUCUCCAAAGGCCACUCAGCUGCGUCACUGGCUCCGGAUGACAGAGAAAGAUAGUCCAACGGUGGGUGCUUUGACUUUCUUGAGUCAGCAUCAAGGGCAAGAAGCUGGACUAAUUCAAGUUCGCGGGGAAGAUCGCCUGUUCAUCCUGCAAGAAGUUUUGGUUGAGAAUAACGGCACAGAACCGCGACUUACAGUCUCUCGCUUCCCAAAACGGAGAGACUUUCUGCAUCCAGAGAACCCGGGGAACCAGAUUAACGAAGCAUAUUCAUAUGUGCUAGAACUAGAAGCGAAAGACUGCCUUGUCCAUCGACUUCCAGCUUCUCUCUCUAUUUUCGUGCUCUUCAUACCCUCUCUCCUUAACAGGUACGAGGUGCACAUGCUUGCUGAACGUCUUCGCACCACCAUUCUAGCCCCCGUAUCUUUUGAUUCCACAGACCUAAGUAUUAUUGUCAAAGCUAUAAUGGCUUCUUCUGCAAAUGAAGCAGAGGACUACCAACGGCUAGAGUUUCUUGGCGACUGCAUUCUAAAGUUGUGUACCUCUGUAAACCUCAUGGCAUCUCAUUUGAUGUGGCCAGAAGGUUAUUUGACCGCAGAAAAGGGCCGCACGACUUCCAAUGGCUUCCUGGCUCGGGCUACGAUGCAGCUAGGCCUCGAGCGCUUCAUCGUCACUAAAGGGUUCACUGGGUCUAAGUGGAAGCCUCAGUACGAGGCGGAUAUCAUCUCCAGCCAAGCGGAGGAACGUGUCGGGAAGGUUGAGCGGUCCUCGAAACUAAUCGCCGAUGUCAUCGAGUCGUUGAUAGGGGCAAGCUAUGUAGUAGGAGGUCUACCGAAGGCUCUUUCUUGUCUCUGUACUCUUCUACCAACCGAGGACUGGAAGCCCCUUGAAGAGUCUCAAGAAGUGCUCUUCGAUGCCGUUCCGGAAGAGCCUUCUCCUCGCCAUUUAGCGGUGGUUGACUUGAUCACUGGCUACACAUUUACGAAGAAACAUCUAAUGCUAGAAGCGCUCACGCAUCCAUCAUUUGUUGGACCAGCCGAAGUCGCAUCAUCUUCGUAUCAACGCCUCGAAUUCCUCGGUGACGCCGUGCUCGACUACAUCAUCGUCGACCGUUUGUACGCACACAGCCCGGAAUUGAGCCACGAAACGAUGCACUCUAUCAGAUCGGCCAUGGUCAAUGCCGCCUUCCUCGCCUUCAUGUCCUUCGAAAACACAAUUGCGAAAGAACAAGCCAACAUCGCGAUCGACCUCGUCACAAACGAGCGGCUUCCACAGGAGCCUUCCAUCGUUCAAAGAGCGCUCUGGCAGUACCUACGUCACUCAUCACCGCAGACGCCUCAGCUACAAAAGGCAGCGUUAGAACGCCAUAUGGUUUCUCGCGAUGCCAUUCUCAGCGCCUUGAAAGAAGACCGCAAAUACCCAUGGUACCUCUUUGCGCGGACAGAAGCCGAGAAGUUCUUCUCUGAUGUCGUGGAGAGCAUGAUCGGCGCUAUAUACGUCGACAGCCACGGCGACAUCUCUGCCUGCGAGGGGUUUAUCAGAAACUUGGGAAUCAUGGACUGCUUAGAACGGGUGUUGAGAGAUGCUGUUGAUUGUUUGCAUCCUAAGGAGCGACUGGGUCAUAUGGCGAUCAGCGAUACCGUGACUUAUAGGCGUGUGGACACCGGCGAUAAGGAAAGGUAUUACUGCCAAGUUGAGGUCGGCGGGAGGGAGAUUGGGGGUGUAGUGGGGGGUGUGAAGAGGCUGAAUGCGGAGACAGAGGCGGCUUGGUGGGCUGUGAAGAUCUUGGAGGAAGGAGAGGAUACGGAUAUGGAAGGCGGAGUUACGGUGGUCGAGAGUGAAGGAUCGGAAUCGCAAUUUGAAGACGCCAAGGAGGCUAUGGAAUAAGACCAAGGGAUGGAAGGAAACGAAGAAGACCAGGAAAUGGGAGAAAGCUAGGAGAUGGGCAAAGAUCGGCAGAUGGAGGACAAAUUAUUUCUUGAAGGGAAGUCACCGGUAUCACGACUCUGACGAAUAAUGAUGCAUGAUUGAGGAUCCACUUGAAUGUUCAAAGUCUUCUUUCAGGUGUCCUCGGAGAUUGCAUUGUAGUGAAGCCAUCCUUCCUCUCACCCUUACACCGCUCGCAACGUAAGCAACUCACCACCUCCUACCAUCUCAUUGUGAAUAGUAAGUGGGGACCACCUGACUGUUCGCAUGAAUCGUAGGACCCUUGACGGUGGCAACAGAAUGUAUAAUAGGCUCAGUUCUUAACAGCGUGGAGAAUGUGAUUGCUGGCGGAAACACCAGGAGUUCGUCAGAUAGAUUGAAGUGAACAUGAGU